AAAAGGCAAAAUGGCGACCCCAGGAAAAGGGUUGUAUCAGUGCUCGUACAUUUGUAUAAUUCUUGCUUUAUUGCAUAUUAGUUAUGGACAGUCAACCAAUUAUUUAAUUGGGGUUGGGAUAUCUGAUAUAACGGGCCCAGCAGCCGAAGUCAACAUGAUGGGGUAUGCAAAUCCUUCUCAGACGUCUCAUGGUAUCCAUAUUCGCCAGUAUAGUCGAACAUUUAUAGUUGGAGAUAAUGGAAAUAAAACUAGAGUAGUAUUUGUCAAUGUUGAUGCUUGUAUGUUAUCUCAAGGUGUUAAAUUAGAGGUUAUUAAAAGGUUAGAGGCAUUAUAUGGUAAUUUAUAUAAUGAAAGAAAUGUGUGUAUUAGUGGUAUACAUACACAUUCAGGACCCGGUGGAUUUCAUCAAUACCUGCUCUAUGAUAUAACAUCUUUAGGCUUUGUUAAAGAAUCAUUUGAACCACUUGUAGCUGGAAUAACAGAGAGUAUAAGAAAAGCUCACGAAUCUAUUCAACCUGGUAAUAUUUAUACUAACAAUGGAGAACUAUUAGACAGUAACAUCAAUCGUAGUCCAACAUCUUAUUUAAACAACCCUGCAGCAGAAAGAAAAAAGUACAACUAUGACGUAGAUAAAAAUAUGACUGUAUUAAGAUUUGUUGAUGCAAAUAAUAAAGGCAUUGGUAUGCUCAGUUGGUUUCCUGUACAUUGUACAAGUAUGAAUAAUACUAAUGGUUAUAUCAGUAGUGAUAAUAAAGGCUAUGCAGCUCAGUUGUUUGAACUGAAAAUGAAUAAUGGAGCUCUUAUGGGCGAGGGUCCAUUUGUUGCAGCAUUUGCUCAGAGUAAUGAAGGCGAUGUAUCCCCGAAUACAAAAGGUCCAAAAUGUAUAGAUAGUGGUAAACCAUGUGACACCCCAACAAGUACCUGUAAUGGCAAGAAUGAACUAUGUAUAGCAUCAGGGCCUGGUAAAGAUAUGUUUGAUAGUACCAGAAUUAUAGCUCAAAAUCAAUAUAACAAAGCUCUGGAAUUGUAUAAUUCUGCUACAGUAAAGAUAAGUGGACCAGUAGAUUUUAGACAUACCUAUGUUGAUAUGACAAACGUCCAAAUUAGAGUAAAUUCUACAACAACAGUGAAAACAGAGAUAUGA